AUGGAUCGCCGCGUCGCGGUCGCUCUGCGGUCCAAGUUAAGACUUCAAAGUAUCAUCUAAAAUCGCCGCAGUUUCUCAAUUUACGCCAUAGGUUCACUCGCAAGUCAGUUUGGGUCGGGCGCAGAUUCAAAUAAUCGAGAGAAAAAAGAAGAUUUUUUCGGGUACAUAAUUAGAGGCAAAACUUGGCCUCACUAUCAAAAAUUCAAGUUCAACAAGCGCCUCCGUUUGAAAAAGAUUUGGUCGCGUUCAGAAACAAUCGCCGCGUCGUGGUUGCGCUGCGGUUCAAGUUCAAAAUUCAAAAAAUCCACGAAAAACGUCGCUAAUUCUAAAAAUGAGCCAUAUUUUCACGCGAAAGUCGUUUUUGGUCGGCAGCUACUUCAUUAUAAUUCUAACAAAACCAAAAGUUAUGAAAAUUUCAAAUUGAUAUUUUUCUCCAUGGAGCGCAGGAAGUUUUUUUUUUCGCAGCUAUUUUUUCCGUCUAUUUUUCUUUGCGAUUUGUAUCAACCAAACUCCACAAACAACGCUUCCGAUCAAUAUUAAUAUCUCCUAUGCCAAAAAAAAAACCUUCAUCCUAUCGAAUUAUUGAAUUAAUCUUUCUGAGUUUGGUCCGAAAAACAUCCUCAUUUCCAGAAUAUGAUUUGUCGAAAUUCCUUUCAAGCCUCAAAAAUUUAUUCCAGCUUGAAAACUUUCCAAACUUCUCAAAAAUCUCAAAAAUAAUUCAAAACUCCAUCAUCUGUUUUCAGUAAGGUUACACUUUUUCUAAACCUUGAGCCUAAAAAAAUCAAAUCCGAACGCUAUUUUUCUGAGACGCCUAAUUGGGGAUGUUUCCUGUUUUCCUAUUUUCUAUUGGAAGCCAAUUUGGGGAAAAGUUCCGAGAAGGCUGAAAACACGAGUAUUUUUUGACCUUUUCGGGACUCUGUCUAGAAGAUUUUAGGAGGUUCAGGAAAUUGCAAAAAAAUACAAUAUUAGUUAUAGUCUUUCGGAGUAGAUUAAAAAAACUAGAAUUACCUAAAAUGAAACUCAAAACAGCCUUCACUAUAUAAAAAGUAGUCCAUGCUCCUUUAAUAAGUCCACUUCGAGGAUUUUUAACUGUCUAAAAACUUCUAUAAGCCAGAAAAAAAGUCUCUCGUUGUUCAAAAAAAUUGGAUAAACAAAAACGCUGUAAACAGCUCUUCAUCGCGAGACCUUCGUGAAAACAGUCCAUGCAAUUUAAAAAACUGGAAAAUCAACCAGGACACUUUUGACCGUCCCAAAACUUCAAAAACUAAAAAAAAAGCGUCCAAAUAAAGUGUCAUCUACGACUUAAAACUGUAAGAAGCCAUAAAAUGCCUUAUUUUUUUGCUUGACUCUUUAAAAAAAUAAAACUAAAAAAAGGUCUUGAAAAAUACCAUUAGAGAAGGCUCUUCGUGUCGAAACUUUUGCAAAAAGCUCCUGCUCCUUAAAAAAAGGAAUACUUUCCUUUAUGAUAGAAGCGAAAUUUUUGAGAAAAAGAGGAAUUUUUCAAUUUUUCAAUAUUCAAUUAUUCAUUAAAAAAACAACAGCUUGAAAAAAUCGUGAGCGCUUCAAAAAUUCCUCAAAACUUGGACUGACUUUUUAUUCUCUAUUCGUCCAAAUUUUGGAAAAGGCCGGAAAAAAAAAAAGGAAAAACUAACUUCAGGGAUCGCGACACCGCUGACGGUGCUGAUCUGCUGGGUGCACGGCUGUUGUCGGCCGCGGGAGGGCUGCGAGAACGACGCCUCUUCUUGGAAGUCGUGGUCGAAGCGACGUCGUCGGUUCACGGGCACCGACGAGGAACAAGCCAGUCUCUAUCCCUCCUCGCAUCGUUCGUUUUUGAUUUCUUCAAAUGAUCGACUUUUUUCUUUUUCGAAAAGAUCCCACGAUACUGAAAAAAGUCGCCCGAUAGUGAAAAAGAGAGGUCCCUACAGGGUUUUGUCGUUUUAAGGACCGCUAUAGGGGACAAUUUUGCUUUAAGCUUUAGUGGGUUCUAUAGAAGUCCCUCGACACUUUUUAAAACCCUAUAGAGAUCUCUUUGAGUUAAACUACUGCGAAAACGUUUUAGGACUCUCUAUAGACAUAGCGUAGGGGUCCCUAUAGAGGUCAAAAUUCUGGGGACCCCUUAUGGUGGUUUCUGAGCGGUUCACUAAAAUCUUAAGGCUUCAGCGCUCCUUAUGGGAAUACCGUUGGGGUGCCUGAGAGGGUCCCUAGAAGGCUCCCUAUAAAGACCACUUCAAAAUUUCUUAGAACCACGAAAAAUCUCGAAAAUUUCGCCGGAAUGCAGAGCGUAGGCGUCCCUAAUAGGGUGCCUCAGAGGGUCUCUAUCAGAAUCCCUAUAGGGAUCACUUUAAAUUUUUUGGAAACCUCGAAAAAUUGCUUGAAAUUUUCCCCAGGAGGCAGGGUGCUUCAGAAGGUCCUUACCUGCUCCCUAUAGGGACCCCUCCAAAUUUCCUUAAAACCUCAAAAAUUUUUCAGGAAAAUCGCAGCCGGACGGCCGUCAAUCUUCGACGAGUUCGAUGCCCAACACGAACGACGCCGUUUCCGAUGAGGACGAAGAAGUCAAAAAGCCGUCGAAUGGCAGUGUCGACGGCGAGAAACGAACUCGGAAAAUCACUUUCGAGCUUGACCAUCGGCCUUCGAUCAAUAAUGCCCAUUCCGUGAUCCGGAAAGAUCCCUGA